CCCGCCGCCCCCCGCCCCGCGCCCCGAGCCGGCGGGCCCAUGGCCAAGCGGCGCGCCGCGCAGCCGCUGGCGUUCCACGUGCCCUGGAAGCGGCUCCUGCUCCGCGACUUCCCCGAGCAGCCGCCGCCGCCCUGGGGCCCGCCGCCGGGGCCGUCCCGAAAGCGCAAGAUUGAGCCGGGGGCCAUGGCCGAGCCGGCGGCCUCGCCCAGCAAGCGCCGCGAGGGCGGCGAGGGCGGCGGCCGGGGCGGCCGCGGGCGGCCCGAGCGCGGCCUGGGUACGGGCGAGCCGGCGGCGGCCCCGCUGCCCGGCCGGCCGCGGGCGCCGGGGGAGGAGCUCCAGCACGCCCGGCCCCCGAGGGGCGGCGGCGACGACGACGAGGCGGGGCACGCCGGGCCCCCGCGGGGGGACUGGGGGGCCGCCCCGCGCCAGCACAAUGAAGAGUUUUGGCAGUAUAACACAUUCCAGUAUUGGCGGAAUCCUCUACCACCUAUUGACCUGGCCGACAUCGCCGACGCCAGCCAAGACAGCCUCACAGGAACAGCCCUUCAGGGCAAGAGUGAAGUGGUUGAGAUUGACAUGGAGUCCUGACCAAGGAGCCAAGGGUCUCAGUGAUUCAUGUGCUCUGCAGUUUUGGGACAGUUAAUCUUCCACUCUCGACAUGAUAGUGUCUUUAAACUUGAAAAAGGAGGAAAAGUGGUUUUGAAGAUAAAAUGCCUAGAGUUACUACCAAAACUCCCAAUAGGGAUUUGUCACAGCUCUAAUACAGUUAUAGUUGAAGUAUUUUGUGUAUGCAUUGUUAAAGAAAAUAAAUUUUGCUUAGAUUCUGAGUUUGAAGGUAAAGCUGAUCUUAUGAAAGGGAGUUGAAGCAGUUUUAGAAACUGAUGGAAAUCGUUCAACUCUUCCUCCUCUGCGCACCAAAAAGUUUUAAUUGUGGUACAUGCAAUGAAUAUCAUUUUAUAACUGAUCUCAAUAAAAUACUUUCUCAUAUA